AUGUGGUCCAGUGCUACUAGCAAACCAUCACAACAAACCAUAAUUUACCUGUAUUUUAAUUAGUAAUUAAUCAAUAAAUUAGAUGAUUACAACAUAAUGAUGGUGACCGCAACACUUUGCCGAUCGUUCCACCGCCUAAACAUCGCAGCAACGAGUGUUUUAAUACCUAAGUCAAAUUAUUCAACUCUGAAUCACCAGACGAUCAAUGGAAAUAAAUUCGUAGCAAUUUCGUUGCUCGAAUCAUCAAAAUCACCAUCAGCUUUAGGGCUUCAGUGUGAACCUAAUUUGAGAUUGUCUGCAUUACCGACAUCCACCAUUGAUUUGAAUGUUCCCAUUGGCGGGUUUAUUCAAAAAAUAAUUGACAGUCCCUCUAUAAAUAAUAAUAAUAUUAAUAAUAAUAAUGAAAUAAUCGAUCCGUUAAAAAUAAUAAUUCAAAUUGAAGACAAAGUGGCGCCAAAAUUAUUUGAACUGCCGGCGGUAAAUGAAAAUUUAAAAAUAGAAAAACAGGCGGCUCGUUUAAUUGUAAUACGUCGGCGUAAAAUGCGUCGUCAUAAAUUGCGUAAAUUACGUAAAAGAAUGAAGUUCGUAUUUCGUAAACGAAAACACAAACGUGUUUUACGUAAAGAAAAAAGAUUUCAUGCUGAAUUAUUAGCUCAAAUAGAUGAAGCAAAUAAAUUUGAUGCUAAAGAAUACGUUGCGUCGCGUUUGAAAAUUCUUGAUAAUGUUCGUAUUCCAUCAAAAUGGAAGGGUACAAUUUUACCAGAAGAAAUGAUACGUCAGUUUAUGAAAGAAGAAGAGGAAAAACGUAAUAAAAUUUUGAAUCGACCUCGUCUUAAAUUGGAUUGAUUUAUUUAUGUUAUUUAUUGUAAUUUUUUUUUAAAUUUGUAUUUAAAAGGUCAUGUUAAUAAAUACAAAAUUGUUUAACAAUA